GUACGCGGUUGCAUUUUCUAUGUAAUCACCCAUCCAGAAGAAAGAAGAGAAACUAACUAAGAUGGAAGACGGAGUGGAAGCCAUUGAAGACUUGGUUAAGAACAGCGAGGAUAUGAGUGCAGAUCAAGAAACGGAAGAACAAAUUCAACAAGGCAGCAGCGAUCGAGAAGAAGAAGAAGGCAAAAAGUCUAGUGGGGUUGUCAAAAGCUUGAUUUCUGCCUUGGUUUCGAGAGGGAGAGAGGGGGAAGAAGUGGAGGGGAAAAGCGAAGACGGCAGAGCCUCCGAUCCUGCAGAUGAAGCAAGCGGCGGCGGUGGUGACGGAGGCGGAGGAGGAAUCAUCAACAGUUUUAUUUCAAACAUCUUCCACCAGAGUGAAGCCGGAGAUGGGGAGAGGGAAAGCAAUGGGAAUGGAGAGAGUGAUGCCGAGAAUGGCGGAGAAGAUGAGCAAGUCAAGGAUGCUGAAGGCGGCGGCGGCGGCGGCGGCAGUAUCAGCGUUCUGGAUAAUAUUGUUUCUCACUUGCCAAAGCCUCUCUCAGAUAGUAUGGCGCCGGAAGAGGCGUCUAUAUUGAUCCAUUCCAUUGUGCAUGACUAAUGGAGAUGGGGCUAUGGUCUUCAAAUAUUUGUAUUUUACCAACAUUAAAUGAUCAUAUCUGUUCUCAAUUCUUGUAAAUUAUAUUUAGAUGCAAAUUAUGUUCUAUAAUGGUCACGAACUUUCCUGGUCACUCAAUAUUAUGUACUACAAAUUUAUAA